CAAAGUCACAAGUCGAUCCUCUCUCUGAAUUCAGCAUUUGGUCCCUUAUUUUGCUAUAGCUCGAUCGACCAUAGUUUUCCAUAUAAUAAUUAAGCUGCACUUAGAUGGACAAGGUGAUGAAGUUAGCUUCACAGAAGGCUGUGGUGAUCUUUAGCCAGAGCUCAUGUUGCAUGUGCCACACCAUCAAGAGGCUCUUGUGUGAGCUGGGGGUGAAUCCGGCGAUUUAUGAGCUCGACGAGGAGCCGAGAGGGAGGGAGAUGGAGAAGGCCCUUGUCAAGCUUCUUGGACGCAGCCCGCCUGUUCCAGCAGUGUUUGUUGGCGGGAAGUUUGUGGGGUCGACUGAUAAGAUCAUGUCCCUUCACCUGGGAGGCAAGCUCACUCCAUUGCUUAAGGAGGCAGGAGCUCUAUGGCUUUGAUAAUAUAUAUACAUCUUAGAAAUACUCUACAUUAUUAUAUAUCAUAAUCCAGAUGUCUGUCCCAACUAUGUCUGCAUGCUCUAUAUAACAACAAUGUGAACUUGGAUUAAGUUUUGUUGUCAUGAAAGUCCAAGUUCAGGAAAUAAUUUAGCUUUACAUCUUGAUUUUCUGCUGUCAAACUUUUGGUGGAAGUAUAACAACAAUCUUAGUGUGGGUUUUUGAUGGAAUAAGUAUAAAACUUCUAGUUAUUUA